AUGAGGAGGUGCACGCGACAUGCCUUUCACGUGGCCCCGCUGUCGCAGCGAGCCUGCCCCGCCGGCGCUUGGAGAUCUCGAGACUUCUCGAGCUCGGGAGCGACAGCACGCUCCUUGCGGCGCUCCUUGCGGGCACCGCCCAAGACCGGCCGGCCCAGCCGGGCCGUUGGGCGAAGCAGCAGCCUGAAUGCAGUGUUCAAGGUGCUCUCCACCCACUGUGAGCCCUACUACACCAUGCCAUGGUCCACGUCACCGCAGACCACAGCAGCCGCUUCCGCCCUGGCUCUCGAAGUGGAUGGGCAGCGCUACCUGGUCACGAAUGCUCACGCCGUGCACCACGCCUCCUUGCUGGAACUACAGAAGCCCUCGGACGACCUCAAGUGCUUGGCUCGCGUGAUUUGUCAAGGGCCAGAUUGCGACCUCGCGCUGCUGGAGCUUGUGGAGCAGGUUCCCGAUUUCUGGGCGAAUGUGGAGCCUCUGAGCCUCAGCGAAGAUAUUUGCCAUCUCAAUGACCGAGUUCGCGUGUGCGGCUUUCCUGUGGGUGGUGAGAACAUCAGCAUCACAGAGGGCAUCGUCUCAAGGGUGGAGAUGCAGCCUUAUCGACACGGUUUGGGCAGCCUACUUGCCAUCCAAAUCGAUGCUGCAAUCAACCCUGGAAACAGUGGUGGGCCUGCCCUCGACGCGCAAGGCCGCUGUGUGGGAGUCGCCUUUCAAAGCCUGCAAGAUGCAGACAACAUAGGAUAUUUGAUCCCAGCAGAAGUGCUCCGCCACUUCCUCUCCGGCUAUCGCCGCUGCGGAGGCUACGCAGGUUUCGGACACCAUGGUUUCGCGUGGCAGCCCUUGGACAACCGUGCCCUCCGUGAGGCGGUCUUGAGAGAAAACGGCACAAACAAUGGAGACAUCCCGGGUGGCGUCUUGGUGAAGCGCAUCGAGCCUACAUCACCAGCAAGCGAGCUUCUACGAGAGCGUGACGUGUUGCUGUCCAUUGCGGGAAGAUCCAUCAGCACAGGUGGCACAGUGCACUUCCGGCGAGGAGAGCGCAUCGCGUUCCCGUACGUCACCAGCCAGAAAUGCCCCCAUGACACCGUCGAGUGCGAGGUGCUGCGAGACAGCAAGGUGCACCAAUGGCAUCUGAAGCUGGGGUGGCCGAGUCCGCUGGUUCCCAUGCACCCCUUGCAGCCACCGGCUUACCUCAUUUUUGGUGGCCUGGUCUUCGUGCCGCUCUCGGAGCCUUACCUGCGUUCCGAAUGGGGGGAGCUCUUCGAAGAAAGGGCGCCAGUAUGUCUGGCAGAGCCCUGGCUUCGGAACAUUCCCCGCUUCGAGGAGGAGGAGGUGGUCGUGCUCUCCUGUGUCUUUGCCUCGGCCCUCACGGCGGGCCUCACACACUUCGUAAAUCGGCGCCUGCACCGCUGCAACGGGGAGCAGGUUCGAAACUUGCUUCACCUUGCAAGCUUGCUGGAUGCAGCAACGGCCUCGACGAUUUGGUUCGAACUGGAUGACGACGAUGUCAUUGCGCUUCCCACCGAGCUGGCUCGG